ACGUGAGUUUUGUCCAGGUCUCAUUCGAGAUUUUGUUUUUCUGGCGUGUGUGUUUCUGCGCAGGAAAUGACCAUCACAAAUUUCUCAAUCGAAUAUGAUGCCAUCAACAGGAACAACACCUUCACAAAUGGAGAUACUAUUAAUGGAAGAAUCAUCGUGGAGGUUUCUAAGGAAACUAAAAUCGAUUCACUUAUUUUCAUAGCACAGGGAAGAGCUCGGGUUUGCUGGAGUGAACAUUAUGGGCAAUAUGCACAUUAUACGUACUGGGCUACUGAGAAAUAUUAUAAUGUCACACAUGAUAUCCUGAGAGAGACGAGACAAGAUGUUCCAGGCACUGAAGUCAUUGGCAAAGGAAGACACGUAUUUCCUUUUUCCUUCAGGAUUCCCAACAGAAAGAUCCCAUCAACUUUCAAAACACACAUAGGCAAAAUUGUUCACAAGCUGAAGGCAGAGCUGAAACAACCAAUGAAGCUGAAGAAAAAGGCCAAAAUCCACUUCACAUUUGUGUCCAAAGCAGACAUGGAUAUUCCUGGACUUAUGGAACCUCAGUUUGGAUGUAAGAAUAAAUCUGUCAAAGUGUUUGCCUCUGGAAAUGUUUCAAUGGAUGUUCACACCAAGCGGAUGGGAUACAAGCAAGGUAGGGAUCUCAAAGUCACGGUUGAAAUCAACAACUGCUCAACUCGUUCAGUGAAGCCCAAAUUCAUUCUCUAUGAGAAGAAGAGCUACUUUGCCCAGGGUCGCAGAAAGGUUUGCACAAAGGAGAUCUUUAAUGAGAAGAUUGAGACUGUUGCAUCCUCGAACAAAGAGACUGUGACCAAGGUGAUCACCAUCCCCAGGGAACUACCUCCCUCCAUCUUGAACAGCGCCAUCAUCAAGCUGGAGUACAGGCUGAAGGUUUGUCUGAACAUCAAAUGUGCUUUAGACCCAGAAAUCAAACUCCCUAUAGUCGUCCUACCUGCCUCUGAGGUUCCUGCUGACUAUGGAUUUGAAGAAUUUGGGCACCCAAACCAAACCCAAACCCACCCAAACCCAAACCCAAACCAAGCAUCCUGGAACAUCGCACCACAGAAACCAGCAGUGCCCCAACCCGUGGAACCCCCACCCCCCUAUGGAGCAUAUGCAAUGUACCCCUCCUUUCCUGAUUCUGACAAACAUUCGGAUGACCUGUAAAUACGCCGCUGAUUUAGCAUUGCACUCACUAAAACAUUGUCACACUCAGGAUGUACAGUUAAAAUAAGUAUAUAAAUGAAUGCAACCUCAUUGAUGCAACCAAUGAUGUCAGCGUGGAAAUACCAAUGCCUGCAGUUUCUCCAAUGGAUACUUGAAAUUAAUAUUUUUACAGUCUGAUUCAAAAAAUUAUAUUAGUUUCUAUAACUAAUUUCUUUGUUCAUGACAACUGUAUGUCACGGUACAGUCUAUGAGUCUACCAUUUACUUGUGUGAUUUUCUUUUGUAUGUAUUGUGAGCAUUGUUGCAGGGAGCCUGAUAACACAGAUUUCGAGACCAAUGCUGUAAUUGUUGUGCACAUGACAAAAAAGAACUUGCACAUCAUGUAACUCAAAUACCAACAGUUUAGUUUUGUUAUGUCAGUAAUGUAGCCUUGAAUUGCUAGCCUCAAGCACAGAUGAGAAAAGGAUACACGAGUUCACUUCUCUCUAACUUUUAUUUGAGGUGCUUUCUUCCCUCUGGGGUCAUAAAAGGUUUCAUACAACUUGUUUCAAACAUGCAGCAGUACUCCCCAAGACACGUGAACAAAUUUUGAUUGCUGUAUCCUACUGCAUACUGGAACUUCUUAUGGACCCUCAAAGUGUUUAAUAUUAAAUAUGAAUAACCUUUUAUCAUCACUACACUCAUACUGUCAUACUGUGCAUACUGUGUAUAUUUAUAUUUAUUAUUUCAUCCUUAUAUGCACACAUUUCCUUUUCUAUACACACAGAUAUUUAUGUAUAUAUACUGUAUAUGUUUGAUGUUUAUUUGAAUGAAAUUCCUCGUGUGUGUACACAUACCUGCCGAAUAAAAGUGAUUCUGAUUCUGA